AUGGAUGAAGACUUUAAAACACAGGUGCUUGACUCUGCUCUUCAAAGUCCAUCAGGAACAUUACUUUCCAUUCGGCUGCUAGACUUUAAAACAAGUUUAUUGGAGGCAAUAGAAGAACUGCGUAUAAGAAGGGAAACAGAAAAUAUUUAUGAAGAUCAAAUCAACAAAAUUGUUGUAGAGAAGCAGGAACUUGAAUGGCAGAAGGAAACUCUUCAGCGUCAGACAGACACACUGCACCAGCAAAACAAAGAAGCUAUGGCAGCUUUCAAAAAACAGUUACAGGAGAAGAUGUUUGCCAUGGAAGAAGAAAAGGGAAAAUAUCAACUUGCUGUAGAAACAAAAGAAAAAGAAAUUGAUGGGCUGAAAGAAGCAUUAAAAGCAUUACAGAUCUCAAAAUACACUUUACAAAAGAAACUGAAUGAAAUGGAUCAAAAAUUACAGAUGCAUUUAACAGCAAAAGAGGAGCAUCACAAGAAGCUGAAUGAAGUUGAGAAGUGUUACACUACUAUUGCAUGUCAGUUUGGAAUCAUAAAAGGUGUUCAUGGAAAACUGGAGCACAGUGUACAGGAAGCCAUACAGCUCAAUAAGAAGCUAACAGCAGUGAAUAAAAGACAAGAGACUGAAAUAAGUAAUCUGAAGGAAGAACUGAAGAAAGUAACUACAGACUUGAUAAGGUCCAAGGUCACAUCUCAGUACAGGGUGGGAGAAGAAAACAUCAAUCUUGCAACAAAGGAGAAACAGUUUCAAGAACUGCAACAGAAAUACAGAAUGGAGACAGCAGUUAUUAAAAAAGUUCAAGAGGAAAACACUCACAUUAAGGAAGAAAAGCUGGAAAUUCUCAGCUCUCUACAAUGUGUACAGGAGCUGCUUCAGCGAAUAACCCGAACGAAUGUUACAAUGGAAAGUGAAUUAAAUGCACUGAAAGAAGAGUAUCAGACCCUUGAAAGAGAUAAUGAGCUGCAAAGGGAGAAGGCAAAGGAAAAUGAAGAAAAGUUCCUUAAUCUUCAAAAUGAGCAUGAGAAAGCACUAAGAACUUGGAAAAAAGAUGAGGAAAACAUGAGAAGAGAAAUAGACACUCUUAAAAAUGAAUGGAAUUCCCUUAAAGGAUUUCAUAGACAUCUUGAAGAUUAUCCUCCUCCUCAGCAAAAUCAGCAUUCUGAGCAAGUGGCAAACCUGCAGAGUGGUCAAGAUCACUCAAAAGACAGUGAAAUACAGGCUGCUCAGGAAGAAAAUGUAUAUAUUAUAAGAAAAGAUGGUCAUUUUGGAGAUGAAGAAACUGAAGUAAAAACCACAAUGGACUACUCUUCAAGCAUUGAGGAAUUACAGAUAGAACAAAAUCUACAAGUUCUUGAAAACAGUUUUAAGGAUGAAAUUAAUGUUGCUAGCCUUUAUGAAGAAAAGCAAGGGGAGGCUUCUCCCAGGAAUACCCUCUCCACAGAUACCGAUUUAAUUACCCAAGGACAGACCUCAGAAAUACAUGUCACUGAGUGCAAAGAAGCAGAAAAUCUAGAAGCAACACAUAGAAUGUCACUGAAUGAAAACAAUGCCAAUUUAGAACAAAAGCUCCAGGACAGCACUGAGCCAUUGACAGCAUGCCAUACACCAACAAGAAAGGUUCUUUUAGACAGCACUGUAGGUGCCUACAAGAAAAAUGGAAAGCAGGACACCGACUCUAGCAAGCAAGCAUUGUGCAGUACUGCAGAUGAAUCAGUUUGUGACCAAGCAGAUACAAAAUUCAAUACCAUACAACACAACGCAAGUAUCCUUACACCUGAAGCACCCAAAACUGAGUCUGAAGCACCCAAAGCUAAGUCUGAAGCAUUUCUUUGCACUGAGAAGAAUGCUGGGUGUGAGAGAAGUACAAGUAAUCAUCCAGCUAAGGAGUUAAGUUUUGGCAUCCUAUCUUAUAGUAAAGAAAAUUCCCAGACAGAAUACCAAAAAUGUAGCUUGCUGGACAGGGACAAUUAUGUAGGCAAUGAAUUACAUAAAACAGAAGAAAACUUGUUAAAUCUGAGUGACUUCCAUAGAGAUAAACUUCCUUUAGAACAGGCACACCUUGAUGCUGAAGACAGAAGUUACGACGACGGUGCCAGAAACGUAGACAGAAAUGGUGCACUGAGGAGUGCGGGCACCCCCACAGCUGAUGCUCAAGACCUACCAGCUGUUUCUUUUGGCCGUGCAAGCAGUGAUGAUGCCACAAAAAGACAUAGUGAUGCUAUGUCUGUCUUAAGCACUUUCAAUUUAUGUCCCCCAAAAUUAGAAAGAGGAAUAAAUGUGGAUGACGUGCACAGCAAGCAACCCAAACAAGACAGUACUGAACAAACAGGGCAUGCUACAAAUACAUGGACUUCAAAUGCUGAAACCAUAUCUCCACUAAAGGCUGAUGUUCUUAAAAUAAUUAGUGAAAAAAAAUCCCAAACAGACAGAAUUGGUACAGAUGAACUAAUUCCAUGUAAAAAAGUUAAUUAUGAUAUUCAGAUACACUCAAUCAAAACUGGACAUUCCCUAGAGGUUAAUAAUUCCUCAAAUAACACGUUGUUAGAAGAGAAAAAAGACUCACUGAAUAGUACAGUUCCAGGAAGGAAGUUUGCUGAGGGUCACCUGAAAGAAUCAUGCGUUUUACCCAUGAGAACAUCUGGAAAUUUAGUAAACAUAAGUGGAAGGUCAUCCUUUGAUCUUUCAACCUCAGAUAAAAAAGCUGAGAAAACUCCAGUAUACUUAAAUGUUUUGGACCCCAGUUCUUGUUCAGGAGUAAAUCAAAUGAGAGGUCAAGCUACUUGGACUUCCACUUCCAAGGAACCUUCCCUUUUGACAGAGGAUCUACUUUGCUUAGUGGAAAACACAAAGGUUAUUUCAAAAACACAGCAGCAACAUAUUGGUGAAAAUGUUGACAGAAGAGAAAAAGGACUAGGUUCUACCAGUUUUAACAGAGCCGUCGACACUUUGAAUACCCCUAAUAUCCACCGAGACCCCCAGGGAGACCUUAGUGAAGGAUGGAAUGUUACAGCAAAGACUUUUUAUGAUUCUUCUUUUCCCACAAAACAUGUGAAAGAAGGAUUUACUGCUUCACAGCAUGAGCAGAAGUCUUCUCAACUGACUGUAACUCCAGAAACAAGUGAAAUCUCCAAGUGCGCUGACAACAGCUCUUCUAUUCCCAACUCCACUAUACAAAACCAGAUAGAAGAAAUUGAGAAAAUUCUGAAUUUGGAGAGACUUCAUUCAGCAAGAAAAAGAAAAUAUGAAGGCCAGUAA